GGUUUUGGUGGCUGGCUCGGGCCGGGCGUAGCGGCCGCUUGGCUUGUCCCCUGGCCGCGUGAGGAGCCACUUUUGGCCUUCGGUGCCCACCGGGUCCUCACCCCGCGGCGUAUGGAGCGUCCCAGGUCUCCUGCCCUUUCCUCAGUGACCACACGCCCUCUGACCUCACAGUGCUGGGGCCUUCAUCGGGCCUGGAGCCCUUCGUCCCAUGCUGCCUGUCGCCAGCAGAAAGAGGGGCCUGGGGCGUCGGGGGCAAGGCCUGAGAAGAGGUCACCCUCCAUCCGGCAUCAGGAGCGGCCCGUGCGUGCGCGAGCGGUGAGCGGAGCUCCCUGGACACGGCCCCGAGGAGAGCUCUGCUGGCCUGGCUGUGAUGGAGUGUACCUUACCAGGCAUGUAACUGGACUUUUUCUGCAGUGCUUUUCUUCUGGGCAAUCCAAGAUGGCCAGGAGCUGCUCCGAGUGCAAGGAGAAGCGGGCAGCACACAUCCUCUGUACCUACUGCAACCGCUGGCUGUGCAGCUCCUGCACGGAGGAGCACCGGCACGGUCCUGCGCCCGGGGGCCUGCUCCUGCCGCGCACCCAGAAGGCACCUCCAGGAGUGAGCGGCGGUCCUGGAGACUUGGCCGUGUGCUGUCCUCUGCACACACAGGAGGUGCUCAGGCUCUUCUGCGAGACCUGCGACGUGCUCACCUGCCACAGCUGCCUCCUGCUGGAGCACAAGGAGCACAGGUGCCGACAUCUUGAGGAAGUUUUACAAAACCAGAGGAUGCUCCUGGAAAGUGUGACCACGCAGGUGGCGCAUAAGAAAUCCAGUCUGCAGACGUCGGCCAAGCAAAUCGAGGACAGGAUUUUUGAGGUGAAGCAUCAGCACAGGAAGGUGGAGAACCAGAUCAAGAUGGCCAAGAUGGUGCUGAUGAGCGAGCUGAACAAACAGGCCAACGGGCUCAUGGAGGAGCUGGAGGGCAUCACCAACGAGCGGAAGCGGAAGCUGGAGCAGCAGCUGCAGAGCAUCAUGCUUCUCAGCCGUCAGUUUGAGCACGUGCAGAAUUUCAUUACCUGGGCUCUCUGCAGCAAGACCAGCGUCCCCUUCCUCUUCAGCAAAGAGCUGAUUGUGUUUCAGAUGCAGCGACUGCUGGAGACAAACUGUAACACAGACCCCGGCUCCCCUUGGAGCAUCAGAUUCACGUGGGAGCCUAACUUCUGGACCAAGCAGCUGGCUUCCCUUGGCUGUAUAACUACGGACGGCGGACAGCUGUCGCGGGCAGAUCCUCCUGCUUAUGGAGGCUUCCAGGGUCCAUCAUCUUUCUGUCAAAGCCAUCCGUCCCCAGUGGCUCCGCAAGAGACUCCGAGCCACCCUUCGUACAAGUUCCAGUCGCCAGCCCUGUGCUCCUCAUCGGUCUGCUGCUCUCACUGCCCCCCAGUGUCGCCCUCCCUCAAAGGCCAGAUCCCCCCACCCAGCCUGCACCCAGCCCACAGCUUUAGGCCGCCCUCUGAGAUGCCCCAGCAGCUGGGGUCCCUGCAGUGCUCCGCCCUGCUGCCCAAGGACAAGGACCUGCCCUGCCACCCGCAUUCUCCCAAGCUGCUGCAGCCCUGGCUGGACACGCAGCCCCCUGCCGAGCCGGAGAGCGGGUCCCAGCGGCUGGGGCAGCCGCCGGCCCCCCAGCCCGUGUGCGUCGUCCCUCCCCAGGAUGCCCAGCAGGGCGCCCACGCGCACCCCGCCUCACACACACCCUCUAUCCACGUCCAGUUCGGCCACCACCAGAAGCUGAAGCUCAGCCACUUCCAGCAGCAGCCACAGCAGCAGCUGCCACCUCCGCCCCCGCCGCCACCCCCUCCCCCGCAGCAGCCACCCCCGUCCCUGCCUCCGUCCCAGCACCUGGCUCCCGGUCAGCAGGAGGGCCCUCCUGGGCCUGCCUGUGCCCAGAACGUGGACAUAAUGCACCACAAGUUUGAGCUGGAGGAGAUGCAGAAGGACCUGGAGCUGCUCCUUCAGGCUCAGCAGCCCAGCCUGCAGCUGAGUCAGACCAAGUCCCCUCAGCACCUUCAGCAAACCAUUGUGGGGCAGAUCAACUACAUCGUGCGGCAGCCGGCGCCCGUCCAGCCCCCGAGCCAGGAGGACCCCGUGCAGGCUGCGGAUGAGCCCCCAGCGCCUGAAGGCCCAAAGCCAGCCCUUCCUCUUGACAGGAGCACCGUGGCCAGCCUGCCCCCGGCAGCGGGCGGGGAGACCCCGCACCCCGUCCCCGCCCUGGACGGCGCCGCCCAGCACGCGUCUGCGAACGUGGCAAGAAAGCACAGCACCUCCGUGAGCACCACGGGCUCUUCCAACACGCUGGAGAUGGCGCUGUCGUCGCCCAGGCUGGCGAGGACCCUAGAGCCACAGCUCCAGAGCAUGAGCAGCCUGACAGCCGCCCCCGCCCAGGUGGUGCCAAGCCUUCUGAGCGGCCCCUCGCCCACCGUGUCCGGCCUGACGAGCGGUCCGAGCCAGGCGGCGUGCAGCCUGUCAGCCAGUCACCUGCCGGCCAUGCCCGGCCUCAUGCGUGAUCCCUCCCAGGCCAUCACGAGCCUGGCUGGUGCGUCUCAGGCUGGGCCCUGCCUGAUGUCCGGUCCUGCCCAGGCUGUGCCAGGCCCCACGGCUUGUCCUCUGCAGACCGCACCUCCCGCCUCGGACGCGCAGCCGGAAACCGGACCCAGCUGCAGUCCUGGCUCUGGCCGAGCUGCAGGGAGCCUGUGCCCCGGGGGUGGGGCCGACCCCUCCCUGGGGGGUGCCCUGUGUAAGAUGGAAAGGGAGGACCGUCCCCGCUUCACUGACUCUCUGGGACAAGGCCCCACAGCCCCUGGUCUGGAAGCUGCCCCCUCGGAGCUGGAGGAGCCCAUUAACCUCUCUGUGAAGAAACCCGCGCUGGCCCCCGUGGUCAGCGCAGCCGUGGCCCCGCAGCGGCCCCAGGCCCGGAAAGAGGGUGAGAACUUGGAACACGGAGCCCUGGAGCUGGACCCAAAGGGGAACCAGAGCCUCAGUGAGCCCAAGGUUCCCUACGUGCGGCUAGAGCGGCUCAAAAUCUGCGCUGCCUCCUCGGGAGAGAUGCCGGUGUUCAAGCUGAAGCCACAGAAGGACGACCAGGACGGGCGCCUCCUGCUGAUCAUCGAGUGUGGGGCCGAGUCCUCCAGCAUGUCCAUCCAGGUCAGCCAGGCCCCAAAUCUGGGGGGAAGAAAGGUCGCUGUGGAGUCUCUGCCGGGCCGCGGCCCCCGCAGCUGGAGAGUGCCUCUCCUGAAGAAGACGGGCUCCUGCCUCGAACCCCUGGAGCCAAGAAGGGGCCCCCAGCCCCAGUGGAGAACGAGGACUUCUGUGCCGUGUGCCUCAACGGCGGAGAGCUGCUGUGCUGCGACCGCUGCCCCAAAGUCUACCACCUGUCCUGCCACCUGCCAGCCUUGCUCAGCUUCCCAGGGGGGGACUGGGUGUGUACCUUGUGCCGCAGCCUGACCCAGCCCGAGAUGGAGUAUGACUGCGAGAAUGCCCGCUACGACCAGCCUGGAGCACGGGCCCCGCCUGGCCUGAGCCUGUGCGACCAGAAGAAGUGUGAGAAGCUGGUCCUGUCCUUGUGCUGCCACAGCCUCAGCCUGCCCUUCCACGAGCCCGUGAGCCCACUGGCCCGCCAUUACUACCAGAUUAUCAAGAGGCCCAUGGACCUGUCGAUUAUCCGGAGGAAGCUGCAGAAGAAGGACCCCGCUCACUACACCACGCCCGAGGAGGUGGUGUCCGACGUCCGCCUCAUGUUCUGGAACUGCGCGAAGUUCAAUUACCCCGACUCCGAGGUGGCGGAGGCAGGGCGCUGCCUGGAAGUGUUCUUUGAGGGCUGGUUGAAGGAGAUCUACCCGGAGAAGCGGUUUGCUCAGCCCAGGCAGGAGGACUCGGACUCCGAGGAGGUGUCCAGCGAGAGUGGCUACUCCACGCCCCAGGGCUUCCCGUGGCCCCACUACGUGCAGGAGGGCAUCCAGCCCAAGAGGCGGCGACGGCACAUGGAGAACGAAAGAGCAAAACGAGUGUCGUUCCGUCUGGCCAGCAGCAUCUCACAGGUGUGAGCGUGGGAGCGAGGCCGCGCGCCUGGCGCCCCAUCCUCUUCACCGCCCUCCCCGCCUUCCAGCUCCUUCUCUGCCGAUCGGAUGUGAGAUGAGUCUUGUCGAGUUCGUAGCACCCUUCUCUGCCGUCUGCCUCUCACCGCACGUCCUUGGGAGCCAGAGCGCGUCCAGGCCAGAGGAGAGUUCAGGAAAAGACACAAGGGGGUGUCCCCUGUGCCCAGAACAGUUCGGUGUGUGGGGUCCCUCUGCCGAGACCGAGCCUGAGCAGGCUAAGGGGGACCAGGUGUCCGAGGCGAAUUCUUUCUGCUCGGGGAAAGCGGACGUUGCUCGCCGUCCCGCGCGCAGGGCUGGGGAGCAGCGUGUGUGUCCGAACCCUCCUGGGCCCAGCAGGGGGUGGAAGAGGGAGCAAGGCUCUGACACGGGGCCUGUGACCCGGCCCCGCACAGCCAGAGACUGGCACUGCUUGCCUCUGUCUGUCCUGCUCGGACAGCUCCUGCCCUGGGCAGGGUAACGAGGCUCCCGGAGGCCACAGGCCUCCUUGGUGCCUCUCCGGGUUCUAACGGUUUCCAGGGUAUCUGUUCUUCAUGCCCCCUUUCCUGCUGCAGACACGGGCGGCUCCUCUGAAGCCCCGGAUGGGAUGGCCUUCUCGGCGGGGCUGGGGGCUGUGCAGAGACCACUGACAGCCCCGAUUUCACGUGCGGGCUUCAGAGGAUGUUAACUUCAGAGCCAGCCCUCUGUGCCACCUACUUUGGGCUGAUAGUUCUUCUUUGGGGUCAGACCCUGCUUCCUGGAAGCGAUUACUGGUGGCCAGUCCUUCGUUAUGUCCUUCAGGGCUCCAGAUCCUGAGGUCGGCUUGGGGAGACUGGGAGGCAGCAGCUGUCUGUCUGACACACACAGCUUUCAGGGCAAGAGGAAGGACCCACACCCCCCCUGCUGGGCCUCUUCUGCUUAGAGGGCCUGGCUGUCAGCGCCUCCACUCCGCAGAGCCAAAGAGCAGAAUCGAGUCCUCUGACUCCCCCGUCCCCAGGCUCUCCACAGCCCAGGAAAAGCCAAGACUCUGCUGGUGGCCUUUUUUUUGCUGGAGGUUGGAGAAGGCCGGAGGGGCCAGCAGUAGGCAGGCCUAGACAUUCUGGGAGUUCUGUCUGGGAUGGAAAAGGGGGCAGCUGAGCGUCAAGAGGCUCUUUUGGUGUCCUUUGGUGACCCUGGAGCAGCCGCAGGACUGAGUCUCUCCUGGAACGCAGGAGGUUUCCUGGAGGCCACAGGAGCUGGAUCUUCGUGGUCCGUGCAGAGUGUCUGGGGGAAGGGGCACAGGCAGAUGCCGGGGUCAGCCCACCUCACAGCGAGGGCUUUGUGGAGAGGGAGCCCGCGGCUGAGGUUGGCUGGCCUGGAGACCGCUCUCCUUUGUCCUGUCGUGGAGUCGCUGAUUUCAAGGGCGUCUCGGGACAUGGCUUUGUUUUUGCCGAGAGCUGCGGUUGGAGCAAGUUUUUGUUCUAGGGCCCUUGUUGAUGGAAGGUUGCGAUCAGAGGAAACAGACUUUCUCUGCUUGGGCGUCGACGGUGCUGCUCCUUUUCUCCCCAGCCAGGCCGAGAGGGCGGCGUCCCCUCCAAGCAGGCUGUGCCCACGGCCCUGCCAUCCUGUCACCAGCACAAGCUCUCCUAAGCACAUGGGCUUCCAUCCUCCCGCUCUCUGGUCCAGGGCAGCCUAGUCCUCAAUACUCCAGGGCCGCCCGUCUCUGGCUGUAACCCGCUGCUCUGCGAUCACGUGACUCUCUAGGUGGGGCCCUGCUGCUCCCCUUCCGUUUUCGGAUCUUCUUCUCUGUUGAGUUGGCUUGACAAGCUUCCUUCUCUGAUUACCUCUUCAUUCCGUCUCUUGGUCGCCCUCCUUCGUCUGGCCGCCUUCCCUCCUCCCCUGACUCAGGCUCUUGGGGCUCUGUGUUGGGCAGCCAGCCCGGUGAGGGCCGGGACAGGCUCUAGCUCAGUUGACGUCAUGCCCCAAGACCAGAGGGAACCCCAGAUGUGAAGCAGAAGCACCUGCUUAAAUCCUCGGCGCCCCUUCUAUCAGUGAAGUUCCCAGGUUGGGUGUCGCCUGCUGGGCCCGAGGACCUUAGUGACAGGGCGGACAGCCCCGCCGUCCCUUCCCACCGCAGAGACACCGCGUGCUGAGACGCCCCCUGCGGCCCCUGAGCAGGGGCAGGCGAGAGGUAGGGUGUCUUCUUCCCAGGCUGUGAAGCCUUGGCCCGCAACCCCGUCCUUGCGCUGCUCACCCCACGGCCCUGUCUCUCCCCGACGCUCCUGGCUGCCGAGCACACGUUUUAAUGGUGUGGUUUAGUCUGGGCACGUGGAAAACAACAUGAGUUUUUAGAAAUUAAACAAAGGCUACUAGCGAGUGACGGGCCGCAGGGGCCCUGGGCUCUCCUGCUUCCCCUGCUUUUGGCGUAUCCCCAUGACAGCCCCAUUUGGGGGUCAGUUAAGUCCUUUGGCCAUUGGUAGAGUCAUGAAAUGGAAACGCAGAGGGUUCUGGAUGCUUCUUACUCACAGUGCUGACCUAGAGGAGGAGUUGGGUUUCUCGGAUGUGCUGAGAAGCAGGACAUGGCGCGGUUUCUGCCGACACCGAGGGGCGUCUAGAGCUUUCUUUGGAACGUGGCUAGGUUCCCUGCCUAACUUCGAGCAGGCACCAGCCUCCCCUGCUGCUGCCCCUGCGGGCACCCUCCUCAGCGGCAGCCGCCAGGUCCUCCUCUGUAGGCGCUGCUCCACGGGAGGCUCUGCCGUCCACCCUGCAGACUCCGGCUCCCGGGACCCGUUUCCCGCAAUGAUGGGCCUUUGCCUUGUUCCUAAGACCCAGCCCCCCCGUUUGUUUCUGGGCUCAGCUCUGCCUUCUCUUUCGCUCCCCGUGUCACCGUGGUCCUUUCUUCUGAGCUCCAGAGCCGAGAUCUCGCUCUUCCUGCAAUACUGUUCCCCGUGCCUCCUCUUCCCUCUCCCUGCCGUUUAUUUUAGUUGCCUGCGCCUCGAGCCCAGUCCCGAGACCUUGGCUCUCUGGACCCCUUCCUCUCCGGAGCCAGAACCCGUGACGCACUGACACGUGGCUUGGCCCCCUGAACCGUCUCAUCCCUCCACCUUCCGCGGACACUGUCACCGCCAUCCGUCUUCUCCGGGCCGCGAAGCGUGGCACAUUCCGAGUCUCCAGCCUCAGUCGGGCUCUCAGCACGGACUGGCUUGUCCUUGACCUGUUGCUGCUCAGCCCCGUCCAUGCCCUUGGUCUGCUCUCAGCCGACGCCUGACCUCACUGCCGCUUUCCAGAGGAGACGCCCCAAAGCAAGAGCUUCCUGUCGGCGCCCCCCUGUCUGGAGGGUUUCCCAGUGGAGAUGGGGACCCUGCUUCAUGGUUUUCCCCCCUAGACCCCAGCCCAUCAGGCCUGCGCCCUCCUCGGCACCUUCCCUGUCGCUCCGGCCCACUCCGUUUCUUGAAUCCUGCGAGAGGCCCUCCAAGGCGAGGCCCGCACCCAUCCCGAGGCCUCGGCCUCCGUCCCCGCUGGCCACCUCCGCGCGGCUCGCCAAGCCGAGGCUCUGCCCAAGAUCCCAGCAGCUUCUUAGAGUGCGCUGCUCGUCACCCUGCGUAUCCUUGUCAGCCGGAUCUGUUGACAAAGAUCUUGUCACGGAUUCUUCUUGGUCAUUCUUCAGCCCUCUGUCGUUUAUCAUGAAAGCCACCAGUGACCACUCAGUUGCCAAAUCAGAGGAGUGCCCCUCAGCUGCCCCGGGCCCUUCCCGUCGCGCCUCCUCUCCGAGCCCCGCCUCCUCGGGCCCCCCGACACCACGCCGGCCGAGCUUCUUGGAGAUACUGACGGGGCCCCUCUGCAGCUUUCUCCCCUCCAGGAGCUGGACCCGCGGCAGGAAGCACGGCCGCUGCUGCCCCCGCCCGCGUGUCUGCCUGUCUUCUCGAGCCCCUCCUCCUCCUCGUGCCACGCGUGGGUCUGAGCCCUGCGGGCAGCUCGGGGCCGUGACUCUUCGCUAGCGCUCUCCCGUGCGGCCUAGAGCCAGAUUUGAGCCAUGUUUGCCACGAGGCCCCAAGAACGUGGGUUGGGACUUAGCAAAGCCAGAUUUGGGUUGCCAGGCUGGUGGGUAGCUCGUCGCGGUGACCCGCGUGCCAGUCGGAGCUUCCCAAGGCGGUCAGCAGCUUGGGAUCGUGGGACGGCUGUUUCCAUGCAGGUUCGUGCCGCUGGCCUGGAGGAGCGUCCUGCCAGGCCUGGGUGUCUGCCACCGACCACACCGGGUGCAGGGACACGGGGAGGGCUGCGACUCUGGCGUGGGGUUCAGCGGGGCCAGCCGGGCCCUCAGCCGGAUCUCUCCCGUCCAUGCUGAUCACCAGCGCCCGCCUUGCUCCCGGGGUGCCCAGGGCUGGAGGCCGAUGCUCUUUGUGUUCCUGGAUGAAGGAGGCUGUGGUAGAAAGACAGCUGACCCGAGAUGCUGAACACCUGAACUCUGGUUCUGCCAGUCACGAGCUGUGGGAGCUCGGGUCCAGCUCCCUUGUUUGCAAAGUCGUGGGGAGGAGAGGGGGUGAGGGCAGUGCCCUCUCAGGGGCUCCACAGCUCCGGAGAUGGUAACGUGAUGCUCCUGGUAAAGCUCCGGCCACACAUCGAACGGGGGGCCUGGGGGAGGACCCAGCCGGGGAGGCUUGCUCGGGCCGGGCGAGAGGGCUGGUGGGCCGGCCCGAGCUGCUCUGAGGACCCUCCUCCGCGGCCGGCUCUGCUGCUGGAGCCCCGCGCCCCUUCCUGGAGCUGCGCCCCUUUGCCGGCCCCCGAGGCCGGGGUCCUGGGGCCUUUCCCGGGAGGGCCGUUGCAUCCACAGUGGCUGGAGGCUCGAGGGAGGAACAGUGUGAGGGGAGGUGUCGCUGAUCCUCAGAGGACCUACGCGAUCAAGAACUAAUUAAAACAGCACUUUUCUUUACCCA